CCGUCUUCGCAGAAAGUUAUACACCUGCGCCGCGCUCUCGCUCGCUCAUUUUGGCCGCGUGUUUCUCUCCGUCUCUCCCUCUCUCUCACUCGUUGCAAGAUCCCCUCCCCAGCGAAACGGAGAGCUAUUUAAAACGCAUUCGUGCCCCAACAUUGCUCAGUGCUAAGAAAGACACCGUUACAAACAGUUCCGUCUACCGUUAGCCGCCAAGUGCCUCGUUCAACUCAAAAUCAACUGUGUUUCUAAAUCAAAAAUUAUGCGCGCCUUUGUUUAUUUCAAAAUAAAAACCAUUUUUGCCUUCCCCACCACAAAAAGAACGCAUUUGUGAUAAAGAGCCGAAUACGAAAUUCGAAGGGGAGCGUGAACAACCCAUAAAUUUAUCGAAAAUACAUAAAAAAAGUUCUCAAAAAUAAAAACCCCAACCGAAACCUGCCUCACAUUACACGCACACACACACACUCCGAGUUUAUUAUCCCAACGAUAACGUCAUCCGCUUUGUCAACAGUAUUAAAGUUAAUCUGAAAAGUGCUCGAAUCUUUUGUUUUCAAUCAUUAUAAUUGUAAUAAAACAACUAGAAACAAAAUUAUAAAUAAUAAUACCAACAACAACUGUAGCCAAGGUUGCCGCGACCAUUUUUGUUUUUGUUGCUUUCGCCGUGCGGAGGAGCUGUCAACCCAACAUUUCUGCCGACGUCGCUGUUGCCGUUACAUUUCAGUUGUUGCCAUCGCAUAAAAGCAAAACAGAGAGCGCCAAAGCGCGGCAGAAACAGCAGAAAUUUACAUAGCAUUGUACACGUUAUACAACGCAGCAGCGCGUGCCUCGACUGCCAGUGCAAAUCCCAAGACCCCAAUCGAAAUCGGAGUCCAAAUCCUCGAGUCCAUCUCUGUAACACCACGAAAUUCCUUUUGGCCAUAAUGAAGCGCCUAAUGACCUGGGAGCGUGAUCUCGUGGAUGCCAUGUACGAGUACCGGCAGACACGCUUCAGUUCGCGGCGUGUGCGAAAACGUGUGGUCUUCAAGCACGGCGAGUGCAACGUUGUGCAGGGAAAUGUGGCCAAAAGACGGCGUCGUUAUCUGCAGGACAUUUUCACCACACUGGUUGACGCUCAGUGGCGCUGGACGCUGCUCGUCUUCGCCGCCAGCUUCGUUUUCUCGUGGGCCUUCUUCGGCUUCAUCUGGUGGAUCAUCGCCUACGCGCACAAUGACCUGGAGUACACCAUCCUCAAGAAUCAGUCGCCCGAUCUGGUGGCCAACAUGACGCACACGGUCUGCGUAACGCAGGUGUCCAACAUGAUGUCCGCCUUCCUGUACUCCGUGGAAACCCAGACGACGAUCGGCUACGGUAAUCGCUAUGUGACGGAGGAAUGCCCGGAGGCGAUAUUCACCAUGUGCAUCCAGUGCAUCACGGGCGUCUUCAUCCAGGCCUUUAUGGUGGGCAUUGUGUUUGCCAAGCUGUCGCGCCCCAAGAAGCGUGCCCAGACGCUGCUCUUCUCCCGCAAUGCUGUGAUUUGCCACAGGGAUGGAGUUCCGUGCCUGAUGUUCCGAGUGGGAGACAUGCGCAAGUCUCACAUCAUCGAGGCCCAUGUGCGGGCCCAGAUAAUCCGGAAGAAGGUGACGAAGGAGGGCGAGGUGCUGCCCUUCUAUCAGCAGGAGUUGCACAUAGGCGCCGAUGGUGGCGAGGAUCGGCUGAUGUUCAUCUGGCCCACGACCAUUGUGCACAAGAUCGACAGGAACAGUCCGCUGUACAUGCUCUCCGCCUCGGAUAUGCUGAAGGAGCGCUUCGAAGUGGUUGUUAUGCUGGAGGGUGUCAUCGAGUCCACGGGCAUGACCACGCAGGCCAGGAGCAGCUACCUGCCCUCGGAGGUGCUGUGGGGCCAUCGCUUCGUGAAUGUGGUGUCCUUCCGCAAGGAGACCGGCGAGUACGAGGUGGACUACACGCUGUUCAACAACACCUACGACGUGGACACGCCGCUGUGCAGCGCCAAGCAGCUGGACGAGCUCAAGUCGGAGUACACGAAGAGCGCCAAGAGCUGUCCCGGCCUGGGUGUGAAUCCCUCCUUCGCGGAUCGCACACUCUCGGCCAGCCUGUUCCAGCGGAUCGCCUCCGCCGCCUCGGUGGAUCACCUGGAUCCGGCGAGCGAUGAGUCGCUGGACUCGGGCCGCCUGCAGAUACGCUCCCAUUCCAUUCCGAACGGCGUGCUGGCCAGCGAGCUGGAGCCGCUGAACAACAACAAGCACGGCGCUUCGUUCACCAUGGGCGGUCUGACCAUCACGACGACGGCGCCCAGCAUCCCCAACCUAUCCAGUAUUAACGAAAAGACCAACUCCGGCAAUUCCAUUAACAGCAGCAACUACAGCAAUAACAACAGCCUGAGCACGCUGACCGGAGGAGGAGGAGGAGGAAGCGCUGCCAGCGGACCCGGCGGAGGCAUCACCAUUGUGGCUGGAUCCGGGAACAAUGGCGGCGGAGGAGGCGGCGGCAGGCACAAAUCUAAUCCCCGUCGUCUGAGCAUCAAGCAGGAUCAGCUGCCCAUCGAUUCCAUUUGUUGAUAUUAUUAAUUGAGAGGCAUCCCUGCCCUGGCCGUCAGUUAAGAACCUGAUGUUGUAUUCUAGUUAAGCAUAGGCUCCCAACUAUAAUUCUAACUCAAACUAGGCUAAGCGAGAUUCCAUUGAGAGCUCAUCUGUCAUAGCCAUAGAGCUGCUGCAGCUGUGAACACCCCUCAAAAAUCCCCCCUUUUUCCUGCUGAAGUGGAGGCAAUCUGAUUGUCGACCACCCACCACUAACCCUGAAACGAUUGUAUAUGUGUAUAUGCUAAGCUGAUGAAUGAUCCACGUUGUUAGCUUUACUUGUAUUGAAUUUACUAUAGUUAAGUUACAAAUUGAUAUUAACGCAAAGUAAGAUGUGAGACCCGGAAACCAAAAUGCUGCAACUUAGACCACUAGAGAAAUGUUUAAACAGCUCACUGAACAUGUAUAUGAAUAUGAAAUUUAUGCGAGGACGCAACGGAAUUGUGAAUUCCCUUUUACCCGAUAAUUUCUAAAUAUUACUCACUUCCAUUGAGAUAGAAAAUGUAAAUUGUAAUCAAUAAAACUGUUUCAAAAACAA